AUGACUAUGGAUCUGCGGAAUAGUGCGGAGUUGCCUCAGCUCUACAUUAGCUACCCGAAGUCGGCUCAGCAGCAUCUAGGCCAGCUGCGUGGGUCCGAGAAUGUGGAUCUCAAGGCUAGAGAACAGUCGUCGGUGGAGUUUGAGCUUCGUCGCCGCGAUCUCUCUUACUGGGAUGUGAAGGCUCAAAAAUGGGCCGUUGCUCCUGGUACUUAUACUGUUUAUGUCGGUGCCAGCUCGCGGGAUCUGCGACUUCACGGUACCUCUGAGCUUAUAUAG